AUGGGAUCAACUGGAUUAGGAUGGGAUUCACUAAAGCGGACAAUUGAUGCACUUGAGGAAUGGUGGGCAGAAAAGUUAGAGACAAUGCCAGCGGCAAAAAAAUUCAAAUUGACUGGCAUUGAACCAGCUUUGGAAGAUAAGUUGGAUGGUAUGUUCACUAGCGUUGUAGCAACAGGAGCUCAUUUUUUCACCCCAAAUGAGCAGGGCUUCGCAAACUUAGCACAGGAUAUGGAGACCGAGCAUAUAAUUGAUUCAGGAGAAGGUCCCAGCCAAAUCCCCACAGAUAACCAAUCCAUUGUUGGAACAACACGUCCCCGACCGGCAAAAAAAAAGGCUUUGCACUUGUUAGAGAUUCUAUUGAGACAUUGA